AGCUAUAAACAUGAAAAAUCCCAAUAGAUUAUCGAUAUAAGUCAGGGAAUUCCACUAGCACAAGUAGUACAGUCUUUUAAAAAAUAAUCCAUUUGAUAACGGCCACCCGAUAAUCAUUGCGUCUAUGAGAUACAGGACAUAAGUAAAAUUAAUUCUUCUACUUGCUAUUUUCAAUUACUUAAAAUAUCAAAGAAUUCUAAAGUGAAGAUGUAAAAUUAUUUAUUUUUAUUUGUGGUUCUUGAAUACGAGCGGAAAAAAAAUUUAUAAUUUAAAUUCAGAAGGCAGGUAGUAAAGAUAAGAUUCAACAUGGCAUUAACAGCUUAUGAUUGGGACAUUAGUAACGUUAUACUUCAACCCAACGCAUGGAUUUACUCGCAGACCAAAUUUAAUCUAACGGGUGAUAAAGAUGUGUUUGAUUUAGGAUUACAAAUGGAUAUUAGUUCAAACUCUCUUUACGUCCUGGUUAGAAAAACUGAUUCGAGAUUGGCGAAGGCUACGGUUGAGAUUGAGUUAGUGAGAAGAGGCUAUGCCCAUGGUGGUGGAUAUGAUGACUACGAUGAAUCUGGAAUUCCAUUUUCAUCUAGUAGAUAUCUAUAUUUUAUUUUUGUGCCACAACAAAGUGAUAUUAAAAGAAAAGUAACUAGUGACUGGAAAGAGUUUUGUAGAUUUGAUGCUUUCACAAACCUAUGCCGUAAAAAUUAUAAUUAUGUUAAUAUGACGGACGUGUGUUGCAUCAAAUAUACGACUAUUCGUUGUAGAAUUACUGGUUUUAGUUUUAAUUCCAAAGAACCUACUGAAAUAAACCUUCUAUACUGCCCGAAAUCUUGUGUGCAGCAGAACUUCCAUCAAUUUCUCAAAGCAGAUGUAUUCAGUGACGUCGUUCUGGCGGUUGACGGCCAAGCAUUACCUGCCCAUAAAAUAGUUUUAUCAACACACAGUCCUUUUUUUCAUAAAAUGUUGACAACAGAUAUGAAAGAAAGUAAAGAUAAUCGUAUUGAUAUUAAAAAUUUCUCAGCUGAUGUAAUUACUGAAAUGUUGGAAUACUUUUACACCAACAAAACAAAGGCCAGCAACGACUUUACUGUCGCUUUGAGACUUAUUGAAGUGGCGGAGAUGUAUCAAAUCAUCAGAUUGAAAGAAAUUUGUGAAGCGACUCUUUCAAAAAAUAUCAAUAUGGAUAAUGUGUUGUCUAUUUUAUGUGUAGCUGAUGAUUACAAUGUUACUAAGCUCCGAGAACAGGUGAUAGAAUUUAUGUUAAAAAAUAGAAAAAGUGUCGUUGUGCUACCCAACUUUAAAGAUUUGUUUCAGAGCAAGCCUUUACUGAUGUACAAAUUUACGUGUGCUAUGGGGAAAAAAUUAUAAUUAUCGUUCAUGCUCGAAACAUUUUGAAAAAUAUAUUAAUCUACGUUUUUUAUUCUAUCUAUUAUCUAUACUUUUAAGAAAAUAUUCUAAGCAUAGUCGAUUAAAAUUGUUGAGAAAACUUAUUUUUGUAUCUAUUCACAGAAAUACAUUUUUCAAUAAACAAAUAUUUUUGUCUACGACAAUUAUUUAAAAAAAAAGAAAUCUUUUAUAAAUUAAUUCGUAAUCUACAUGCAUUGAGUCCAGGAAUUAUUUAUUAAAUGUCUAGGCUGUUUACUUUGUAACGAAUGAAUGAAGAAAAAAAAAUUAAGGAGAUAACCGGGAUUACGAUUAAAGUUCCAGUAAUUGUUCGACCUCACAAUAAAGUAAGUAACCUUCGAAUGUUUUUAAAAAUUCAAACUUCGCCAACAAUCGGAAUUCAUCGGAAGCUUACGUCAACUGUCAGCUGAGAAGUUGAUAAAUCUGGAAAGAUAAAUAUCAAUAUCUAACAAUCAAUAUUGCAUAUAAGUAAAAAAUUGUCGUUUUGAAAUAAAAAUAUAUAUUGAUAAUUGAUUUUCACAUAUCUCAUAAUGUGUACUAUCAGUAACUCGUGUGGUGACGGCGAUAAUGUUUUAAAUUUUUUAUUCGUUUCUAUUCAUCAUUCCACAAAACAGUAAUUUACACUAGUAUAAAUUUUGGCAAUUAUUUGUCAUAAUCAAACAUUUUUCAAACAUAAAAAAAAAACUCAGAUUAUUGAUACUUCGAAUAAUUUAAAAAUUUGAAUGAAACCAUUAAAAAUGGCCGGGAAUCGCCAUGCAAUAAAUUCAAUAUCUUUCGACUGGAACCUUCGUAAUCUGUCAUUUCUACCAAAUACUUGGAUUUACUCAAAUGAAUUUAAAAUGUUUGGAAUAAAUAACGUCACGUUCAAAUUAAGACUCAGAAUAAUUGAUAACAACACAAUCCAAUUCCACGCUAUGAAAGAUAAUCAUAAAUUAGCAAAAGCUGAUGUAAAAAUAUCAAUAGAUACCAAAGACGUAGAAGUUAAAGUCGAUGGAUGGAAAGAAAUUUGCGUUCUUGAUUGCACUGCUGGCGUUGAUUUAAUAACAUAUUUGUGUGAAACUACUGAUUGUAUUAAAUAUUCUGUCGACGCAGCUGUUAUUUGUAGAAUUAUUUGGUAUGGUUUCGUAAAUAAUGUAUCUGAAAACAAUUUCCUCCAAAACGGUUCAAUAAAUUCAGUGUCUUUCGACUGGAACCUUCGGAAUCUGUCAUUUCUGCCAAAUACUUGGAUUUACUCAAAUGAAUUCAAGAUGCUUGGAAUAAAUAACGUCACGUUCAAAUUAAGACUCAGAGUAAUUGAUAACAACACAAUCCAAUUCCAUGCUAUGAAAGAUAAUCAUAAAUUAGCAAAAGCUGAUGUAAAAAUAUCAAUUGAUACCAAAGACGUAGAAGUUAAAGUCGAUGGAUGGAAAGAAAUUUGCGACCUUGAUUGGACUGCCGUUGAUUUAAUAGGAAAUUUUUCUAAAACUACUGCUGGUAGUUAUUCCAUUGACGCAGUUGUUUCUUGCAGAAUUAUUUGGUAUGGAUUCGUAAAGUAUUUGCCUGAAAAAAAUUUCCUCCAGAGCCUGAGGCAGUUCCACACAAGUAAAUCAUUCAGUGACGUCGUACUGAUAAUUGGCGAUGAAGAAUUACCGUCUCACAAAAUAAUUCUGUCGGCGCACAGUCCAGUUCUCCACGCGAUGCUCACGACAGACAUGAAAGAAGGAAGAGAAAAUCGAAUUGAAAUAAAAAACUUCACAGCUGACAUCAUUGCUGAGAUGCUGGAGUAUUUUUACUCAGGUGAAUCAGAAGCCAGUAGAGAUGUCGGCGCUGCUCUGAGAAUACUCGAGGUUGCUGAUAUGUAUCAAGUUCAGAACCUGAAGAAUAUUUGUGAAGAAACCUUGCGGAAGAAUAUUAAUUUCAAUACUGUCCUGUGUAUUAUUGAUGCUGCUGAUAAUUACGAUCUCCCGGAGUUGCGGAAGCAAUCAAUGGGUUUUAUACUUGAAAAUAGAAAGCGAGUCGUUGAACUCGAGGAGUUCAAAACUUUGUUUUAUAAAAAGCCGCAGUUGAUGUUCGAGUUUACUUAUGCCAGCGCUCAAAAAAAUUGAAACAUUUCUUUUUAUAUCAGUAUAAAAAGUUUUUAUUUAUAAUUAUGAUUAAUUUAAUUAUCAUUUAAUUUACAAUAAAACUGAAUUCCACGUGACAGACUUACCUCAGUAUCCGCCAUAUUUUUAGAUAAACCGGGACAUCAAUGUCAGUAACUUCAUUGCUUGGUGUCGUUGGUGUUCAUGGAAAAUUGGUAAUAAGUAAUUAGUGUUUUACAAUUAUUUUAAUGACAACUUAUAAUUUAUAAUUUUUAUAAAAAAAUUUUUUAAUUAUAAUUUUAUUGGAAAUGAUUUUUUUUUAAUUGGUAAGGUUUUGUAAAGUUUUAUAUUUUUUCGAAUUUUGAAUUUCGCGAAAUUUUUUGUAAAUUAAAGUCGAUUGUGUCGUAAGUCGAGUUACUACAUGUCGGUAUUGAAGUAUGAAAAUUUGAAAAUCUUCGAUAACUUGACGGAUUGAUGAUAAAUGAUGAUAUGUUGGUAAUCUAAUUAAAAUUUUAGAAUAAUGCCAUCCAUUUUGGAUUUUAAAUAUAUAUAAUAGCUUGAUUUUGAACAUGGAAAGUCCCUAUAGAUCCUCGAUAUAAGUCAGGGAAUCCAUUAGCACAAUUAGUACACCCCUUUAAAAAAUUAUCCAUAUUACAACGGCCACCCGACAAUCAUUGUGUCUAUGAGAUACAAGACAUAAGUAAGAUUAAUUACUCUACUUGUUAUUUUCAAUUACUUAAAAUAUCAAAGAAUUCUAAAGUGAAGGUGUAAAAUCAUUUAGUUUUAUUUCUAGCUCUUAGAUACGAGCGGAAAAAAAGUUUAUAAUUUAAAUUCAGCAGACAGAGUAAAGAUACGAUUCCACAUGGCGACAUUUAAUUGUGAAUGGGACAUCAGUAGCUGCAUACUUGGAUCCAGCACAUGGGUUUACUUGCCGACUCAAUUUUUUCAAAGUAAAAGUGAUAAAAUUGGGUUUGAUUUGGCAUUGCAAAUGGAUUUUACUUCAAACUCUCUUAAAGUCCUGGUUAAAAAAAAUGAUUCGAGAUCAGCAAAGGCUUCGGUUGAGGUUGAGUUAUUGAGAAGAGACAAAGAUUUGAUCUAUGGUGGAUAUGAUUACGAUGAGUUUGGAGAUCCAAUUUCAUACAUUGGAUGUUCAUAUUAUGUUUUUGAGCCCGAAACAAACAGAUCAAUUAAAAGAAUAGAAAUUAGUGACUGGCAAAAGUUAUGUACAUUUGUUAGUUUCACAAACCUAAGCCCUAUAAAUAGUGAUGUUAUUACAAAAAAUGCGUGUUGCAUCAAAUUAGCGACUAUUCGUUGUAAAAUAACUGGUUUUCGUUUCAUCUUCGAAGGAGCUACUGAAAUAAAAUAUCCGAAAUCUUGUGUGCAGCAGAACUUCCAUCAAUUUCUAAAAGCAGAUCUAUUCAGUGAUGUCGUUCUAGUGGUCGACGAUCAAGAAUUACCUGCCCACAAAAUAGUUUUAUCAACACACAGUCAAUUUUUCUAUAAAAUUUUAACUACAGAUAUGAAAGAAAGUAAAGACAAUCGUAUUGAAAUAAAAAAUUUCUCAGCUGAUCUAAUAACUGAAAUGUUGGAAUACUUUUAUACCAACAAAACAAAGGCCAGUAAUGAUUUUACUGUCGCUGUGAAACUUAUUGAAUUGGCGGAGUUGUACCAAAUCAUCAGAUUAAAGGAUAUUUGUCAAGUUACGAUGUCAGAAAAUAUAAAUAUUGUCAAUGUAUUAACUAUUCUUUGUAUAGCUGACGAUUAUAAUUUACCUGAGUUACUUGAAAAAGCGGAAAGCUUUUUAUUAGAAAAAAAAGAUAAAAUUGUUAAACUUGCAGAGUUUAAAAAUUUGUUUUCUAGCCGGCCUUUACUAAUGUAUCGGUUAUUCGCGUACGCUACUGGGGUUAAAUAAUAAUUGGUUUUAAAGUAGUAAUGUUAUGUUUUUUAAACUGAGCUCGUCUGCAAUCUUUUAAUGAGCAGUUUUAUUUCUAAAGUAAUGUCUAUUUAUUCAUCUGAAAAAAUGAUUUUUUAUGUAUGGAUUAGAUUAUAAAUCUUUUCAAUCAAUAAUCUCUAAAAAUUUUCUGAUUAUUUUAAAGUUGUCUAGUAUAUUUUAUUACCAUUUAAGUUGACAAUCAAUCACGAUGUGUAGAUGAUAAAGUUUAAUAAAUUUUCAAA